AUGAGGUUGACCGGUUGCCGCGUCACGUGGGAUUACAUAGCAGGGCGAGCGAAUGCUCAGCCUCGAUCUUGCUCACCGGUUCAUCUUGGCGGCAAACUCAGCCACGGGGAAGAGCCGCCCAUCAUUAGACCCAGCAAGCCCAUCAACGUCGUCAGAGUCCGAGUUUCCUGGUCAUUCCUUUUAAUCAGUUCUGCUCUCGCAGUUGCAGAACAUACCUCGAAAGGUGCCGUGCUUGACUCCGACGACUGCGGGUGGUGGAGCUUCACAAUGGUUGAAGAAACGGCAAUAGAUCUUGAUACCAACCAUAUCAAACAGUGGCGAUCAAUUGUCACACUCGUCGUUUUCGUUAUCACCAAUGUCAUUGUGCUUUUCCCUUUCCACAUUCCCAUCUACAUCCCCCGAUCAGUUGCAGAUGCUUUCCUGAAUGCCCUGAGCACCUGGCGAAUAAUAUCGCCAAGAAACACCGGGGGUCGACAUGGAUCUGAAGAUGAUAAUGGCAAGUUUAAGCCAUUUGUACGGCUCAAAUUCCCCCUGAACUUUGUUACGGCCCCCUUGAUUGGGGAUCUCUUCUUGCUCGCCAUCCUGGCUAUUGGCCGAAAAGAAGUACACGAUGGUACAAUUGGCUCGAACCACAUCUCGCCGAUCGAUAUCAUGGCCUUCUUCAUGUCGUUAGCAUAUAUUGCCAUCUCCAUCGACGCUUCCGGCCUCAUCAGGUACCUGGCCUUCAAAGUGCUUCAAUGGGGCGGCGACGUUGGGCACAGGUUGUUCUUCUACCUAUAUGCCUUCUUCUUCGCCCUGACUGCUUUCAUCGGAAACGACCCCGUCAUCCUUUCAGGUACGGCAUUCCUAGCCUACAUGACCCGGGUUUCGAGCAACAUUGUCCACCCGCGGGCAUGGAUCCAUGCGCAAUUCGCUGUAGCAAACAUCGGCUCAGCCAUCCUCGUUUCGUCCAACCCUACCAACCUUGUCCUGGCCGGUGCUUUCAACAUCAAGUUCAUCAACUACACCGCGAAUAUCAUUGUCCCUGUCGUUGUCACAGCCAUUGUUCUAUUCCCUUUCCUGCUAUAUAUCGUCUUCGCAAACGAAUCCCUGAUCCCAUAUUCCAUUAAGAUGCACGAGCUUCCACAGGAAGUCCGAGACCGAAAGCCCGUGAACCCCAAUAUCCCACACGCGCGGGGCAAAGAUGAGGAACAGGAGAUCAAUGCCGCGAACGAUGAACCAGGCCAACUCCUCUCCCUUGAAGAAAUCAUGAAUCCAUUCCUGGACAAAGGAGGCGCGGCAUUCGGCGGCGUCGUCAUGGCCGUCACGCUCAUCACCUUGUUAUCUCUCAACGCUGCAACCCAGAGCACCUACCCGCGUCCCGUCUACUGGGUCACGUUGCCGGGCGCGUUCGUCAUGUUCUGCUGGGACGUGUGUUUCGGGUGGGUCCAUCGACACGAGACGCGCGAUAUCUCUCGUAAGGGUCGCCGGGAAUUCGAAACUGCGCGAGCUGAGAGAGCGGCUCGAGGGCAAGGCGGGCAGGACGCUAUUCUCAUGUACGAACCCGUUCUACCCGCUCUGGCGCAAACAUAUUCGCCAGAAGUGCAGCCGCAUGCCGAGAGCCGCGCAGGCAGCAGUAAGAGCAAAAUGGCAAACGCCGACGACGAGAGGCAGGAGUUGACGCCCACAGUCUCGAAUAAUCCUCCACAAGGGUUGUUAAUCACGAUACCAAACGGCGAGGUAGACGAGAAGAAACCUGAGAUGAACCUGAACUUCAGUAACCAGGGAUCUGUAUUACAGGAACGGCCGCCUUCCCAGACGCCGGAGCCACAAACACUUGUCUCGCUGAUCACGGAAUUGUGGCGGUGGUUGCAGGAGACAUUUCCAACCUCGACGACCGUGGCUGCCCAUUUGCCAUACGCACUUGUACCUUUUGCGUUCUCUAUGUUUGUGCUCGUGCAGGCUUUGGUGACUAAGGGCUGGGUACCUGUGUUUGCAUAUGGAUGGGAUCAUUGGGUAAAUAAGACAGGGACUGUUGGUGCUAUUGGAGGCAUGGGCUUCCUGUCUGUGAUACUCUGUAACUUCGCUGGCACAAACAUUGGUACAACCAUCCUCCUCUGCCGCGUAAUUCAAGCCUGGCAACAAAUUCAUACCAAAAACGGCACCACCAUUACGGACCGCACCUUCUGGGCCACCGUUUACAGCAUGGCACUAGGCGUCAACUACGGUGCUUUCAGCGCUGCCUUUUCCGCAUCGCUAGCCGGGCUUCUAUGGCGGGAUAUCCUUGCCAGAAAACACAUCCGCGUGCAUAGACUGGAUUUUGCGAGGGUGAAUCUGCCGAUUAUUGCGAUUGCGAUGACGGUAGGUUGUGUCGUUCUCGUAGGCCAGAUUUACAUCAUUAGGAGCGACGAUCCAUACUAUGCGAGGAGAUGAGCACGGAUUAUAUCACCUGGUCGCAGACGUAGACGAGCAUAGUUACCCACGCUGGGCUCGCCCACCAACCAUGGUCCAGCAGUGACUCGCAUCUAGCAUCGAAUUUUGGAAGCGACGAGGUCCGAAAAUCCAUUUCAAGUGCUAUUAGCAUUUAGAACGAUUUUCUGACGUCAUUUGACCCGUCCGUAUGACGGGGAAUGUUUUUUCAUGUCUCGGAAGACAAACAGGGGGUCGGGAACCUAGGUAGUAACCCCUUGCAGAAUUUUCGUCAGAACC